AAAAUUAGCUAACCGACAAAAAGCGUGACCAUUUGAUCAACUAGAUCUAUUCUACAAAUCCGCAAAGACUUUGUCUCUUCCCCAAAACAAAUAACCACAUUCUUCCAAUCUAUUUAAUUUAACUACCUAUACUUCUAGUAUCAUUUGUAAUAUAUUAUAAUAUUCCAAUACCUUCCCUAGUUCAUUCUACAACAACAAAAUCCUAACCGACAACAAAAUGAAGUAUAUCGAAUUCCAAGAAUUGUGGCCUUAUAACUGUCUUCUUGAUGGUUAUGAUCUCGGCAUCACCUAUCUCUAUGGCAAGAUUGAAGUAUUUUCUUGUAAACAAACAUCUCAAGAUAGAAAAUUAACAAAGGAAAUUGAAAGUAGAAGAAGAACUAGUAGUAAUGCUUCCCUGAGUAGUUCCCUUCCAACAUCAACGAACGGGACGAGAUUGUCGACGUUGUCUCAAUCCGUUCAAACACAACAAAUGCAAAUUCCAACCAAAGCCACUACAGUGGCACAUCAUCAAGUUGAUGUUGUUUCUCCUCCAGCGUUGAGUCCUCCAUGCUUUUAUGACUUGACUUCACAAUUCAAUGAUGAUCCUUUUGGCAAUGAAAAGAGACAAACCUACAUUGACCUCAUCUCUACUCUCAACAACUCGUAUCCAGACUAUGACUUCCGUCACGUAAAGCCUGAAUUCUUUACUCAAGUCACCCUCCAAGAUUCCAUUCAAAAUAUUAACAAUUCUCUCCAUGAAGUAUAUGAGAAUGAACAAUUUAGCUCUCUCUGGACAAAUGUUAACGAAAUUAUUGACCUCAACCAUUGCGAAGUUUACAGUUACCUUCCUGACCAAAAUUUAGAUGAUCCAAUGGCUGAUCCGUUGAGUCUUGGUGGUUCUAAACUUUGGAGUUGGAAUUACUUUUUCGUGAAUCGUCCAUUGAAACGCUUGGUCUUCUUUACAGCCUAUGGUAAGAGUAAAGCCUGUGCUUUAGAAGAUGAUGAAAGAGAAGGUAUGAUGGUUGGUGACCAAUAUGAUGAUGAAGACUAUUUCUACUCCAACACUAAGAAUGCCAAUGUCCACUUUGACUAUAACGAAAGUGACAGUGAGAUGAUGGAUGAAUUCGAUGACUUGUAGACCUCUCAAGACUCGAUAUUUCUUGUGUGGCUGUUGGUUCAAUUAACAACCUUUGGACUUGCAAGAUAAUGUGUGCUGUUGGUGGUGUAUUUACGUUUUUGCGUGUCAGUGCUAGCGACAAUUAGCAUCAAAUACGCCCGUUAGACAAAACCUACAAACACAGAGUCUAAAGCCAUUGGAUUUCCUUGUACCAUAUCCCCACAAUGAACACACCAGUUGUACAACAAUUUGGAGUGUGAUGGAUCCUUUUUGCAAGGGUUUUUUGCCACGUACCAAGUCCACUAUCAUGUAACAACAGUUAGAAGCAAAAUCUCAGAGUUGUGGGUUUCGUUAAAAUUGUAUGUGCUGUAAGUGGGAUAGGUACUAUGGGAGUCUCUUGCGUCUGUCAAUUAUCCUCAUUGAUACUGGUAUAUAUUUUACACAAAUCUAUUUCUACAACAAUACAAAUUCUGUUAUCUUAUAUAU